UUUUUCUGAGCUUUCAGUUGUUUAAUGCUGAAGGGAACCUUGCUUGACAUGUACAAGACACCUCUCUCCCUCUAAUUCACAAAGAUCCCCUCUGAAUUUUUGAUCUGUGGAGGAGAAAAUUCAUUGGAAUUUUGCUCCCCAGUUCCUGCAAAUCAUUGGGUUUGUUGGGAUUUGCAUAAAGUUCAAAGCUUUGCCAAACUUUCUUGUUAAUACUUGAUGGGCAUACAAAGUUGUGGUAACAGAAUUCAGGAUUUUGACUCCUCGUAUUCAUCUGCAAUUCUGCUGUAGGACGCAUGGAUCAAAAUGCUUCAAACGACCUUGAGCUAGUGAAAUCACCAUCGGAAAAGCAUCUUGAACGUUUGAGACCAUCAGCUCGAUAUUAUUCAAUAUUUAAAGGGCAAGCAAAAGAUGCUGCAGAUCCUGAAAAAGGCAAAUAUUCCCUAAUUAGAGAUGCAGAAGACUUUCCGUCGGGAAUAUACGAGAAACAGCUUCCAUGCUUUGGCUGUGGGAUAGGAUGGUUUUCUUUUCUUUUAGGCUUCGUAUUCCCAUUAAUGUGGUACUAUGCCACAGUUCUCUAUUUUGGAAAUUACUAUCGGAAGGAUCCUAGGGAGCGAGCAGGACUAGCCGCCUCUGCAAUUGCUGCACUAGUUUGUUCUGUCGUGCUGUUGAUCAUAGCAUUGUUUCGGAUGUUCUAGAUUUGCUCAAUCGGAAGCGUGCUAGCAACAUCUUCACAAGCAUGAAGAAAUCAGUGGGAUUGGAAGGGCCUGUAAGGACACAAAUACUAACGUUUUUUUGAUUUUUUGUUUUUUUGUUCUUUUCCGGUGGAAGGGGAGGUAAAUGAAAAAAAGGAAAGGAGUAGAUGAAAAGAACCUGAACUUCCCAUACAAUUCUUUAGACGUCAAGACUACAAGCUCUGGAUGAUGAUGAGCUACAGUUUUCGUAUUUUCAUAUUUGUAUGAACAAAUGGCGGCGAGACGGGUAUUUGAGUUUGUAAACUUCGUAACUAUACAGAAUUUUAUGGAGGUGAAAUACAGGGAUGUGUCAUCUUUAAACUUUGAACGCA